UCGAGCAUUAUGGCCAAAGGACGCGUAUGCCUCGCCUACUCAGGCGGUCUCGACACCUCCACGAUCCUCCGAUGGCUCAUCGAAGAAGGCUACGAGGUCGUGUGCUUCCUCGCGAACGUUGGGCAGGAGGAGCCCUGGGACGAGGUGGAGAAGAAGGCGCUGAAGAUCGGGGCGCUGAAGAUGGUGAUCCUGGAUCUGCGCCGCGAGUUCGUCGAGGAGCUGUGCUUCCGCGCUGUGCAGUGCAAUGCGACGUAUGAGGGGCGCUACUUGCUUGGUACUAGUCUGGCCAGGCCGGUGAUUGCGAGGGCGCAGAUUAGGGUUGCGCAGCAGGAGGGGUGUGGGUUUGUGAGCCAUGGGUGUACGGGGAAGGGAAACGACCAGGUCAGGUUUGAGCUGGCUUUCUAUACGCUGCAGCCGUCGAUCAAAGUGAUUGCUCCGUGGAGGUUGCCUGAGUUCUGUGAGAAGUUCAAGGGCAGGCAAGAUCUUCUCGACUACGCCGCAGAACACAACAUCCCAGUAACCAGCACCAAAGCGAAGCCUUGGAGUAUGGACGCGAAUCUGGCUCACUGCAGCUAUGAAGCCGGCAUUCUGGAGGACCCCGACCAGUCUCCGCCCGACGACAUGUGGACCAUGACCGAUAGCCCGCUCGACGCCCCCAACGAGCCUACGGAUAUCACCAUCGAAUUCGAGAAGGGUAUUCCCUCCAAGGUAAUCACACCUGACAAGACAUAUACGGACUCCGUGGAGCUAUUCGAGGCUCUGAAUAAGCUCGGCAAGAUCCACGGCAUCGGCCGCAUCGACAUCGUGGAGAACCGAUUCAUCGGUCUCAAGAGCCGAGGCUGCUACGAUUCGCCGGCAAUGACCAUUCUGAGGCUUGCACAUCUUGAUCUAGAAGGUCUUGUUUUGGACGCUCAGGUCCGCGCGCUUCGCGAUCAGUUCGUCACCCACAACUGGAGCUACCAGCUGUACAAUGGCAUGUACUUCUCGCCCGAGCGCGAGUUCACUGAGAACUCGCUCCUUUUCUCACAGCGCCGCGUAAACGGCGAGGUUCGUCUCAAGCUGUACAAGGGCAAUGCGUACGUGCUUGGCAGGUCGAGCAAGACCGAGAAGCUGUAUUCUGAAGAGGAGGCGUCGAUGGAUACGCUGGACAACUUCAGCCCGAUGGAUACCACGGGCUUCAUCGCCAUUCAGAGCAUCCGUCUCAAGAAGUACGGCCUUCAGAAGGCAGAGGAGGGAGCCAACAUGAGCCGCGCAUGAGUGGUACCGCUCAGCGACAAUACGUCGUCUCGAUAAGACGCACAAAAAUCACGGUUAUGGCGUCCGGAAACUUCCCAAAAUUCAUGACAGAAUUCUGUAUGUAGAACAGCCUCAACAAUAAUGAGUUCCAUUAGCAG